GUGGAGUUCGGGCUGGCGAAAUGAUUCUUCAGGCCGAGGGUGGUCUCCAAAAAGGGUGGACUCGCCCCUCGCCCCCAUCGCACCCCGGAACUGCCUUGUGCCAGCAUGAUCCACCGGGUCCCCAGCACAUCUGGAAGGCGCACUCAUCCUGCACGAACCCUUUGACAGCCCCAGACCGUCCUUGAGGAGGAUGACUGAGCCACUAUGGGCCACGCACUGUGUGUCUGCUCUCGGGGAACUGUCAUCAUGGACAAUAAGCGCUAUCUCUUCAUACAGAAGCUGGGGGAGGGUGGGUUCAGCUAUGUGGACCUAGUGGAGGGGUUACAUGAUGGACACUUCUACGCCCUGAAGCGAAUCCUAUGUCAUGAGCAGCAGGACCAGGAGGAGGCCCAACGAGAAGCAGACAUGCAUCGCCUCUUCCAUCACCCCAACAUCCUUCACCUCGUGGCUUAUUGUCUGAGGGAGCGGGGCACUAAGCAUGAGGCCUGGCUGCUGCUACCCUUCUUCAAGAGAGGUACGCUGUGGAAUGAGAUAGAAAGGCUGAAGGACAAAGGCAAUUUCUUGACUGAAGAUCAAAUCCUUCAGCUGCUGCUGGGUAUCUGCAGAGGCCUUGAGGCCAUUCAUGCCAAGGGUUAUGCCCACAGGGACCUGAAGCCCACAAAUAUCUUGCUUGGAGAUGAAGGGCAGCCGGUUUUAAUGGACUUGGGUUCCAUGAAUCAAGCAUGCAUCCAUGUGGAGGGCUCCCGCCAGGCCCUCGCCCUGCAGGACUGGGCAGCCCAGCGGUGCACCAUCUCCUACCGGGCUCCGGAGCUCUUUUCUGUGCAGAGCCACUGUGUCAUCGACGAACGGACUGAUGUCUGGUCCCUAGGCUGCGUGCUAUAUGCCAUGAUGUUUGGGGAAGGUCCUUAUGACAUGGUGUUCCAGAAGGGUGACAGUGUGGCCCUUGCUGUGCAGAACCAACUCAGCAUUCCGCAAAGCCCCAGGCAUUCUUCAGCACUGCGGCAGCUACUGGCCUCAAUGAUGACUGUGGACCCCGAGCAACGCCCUCACAUUCCUUUCCUCCUCAGUCAAUUGGAGGCACUACAACCCCCAAGUUCAGGCCAGCUUACUACCCAGAUCUGAACAGACCAGGGGCCAUGUCAAGAAGGUAGUCAUGGUGCCCUGGGAAGCGCCUCCUGCCCGAUUACCUGUCUAUUCUGUCCUCUUGUGAUUGAGGACAAAGAGGUUGGAUAACCAGAUAUCUUCCAUCUCUGCUUCUGCAUUCUUACCCAGAAGCAUCAACUGGACAGAGCACCUGGCUGAGUUGGGGUGGGUGAGGGUGGUGAAUGAGCAAAGGGGAGCUGAUGGAAUCUGGUAAAACCUCUGAGUGGGACUGUUGAACUUACAUCAUGGUUUGCCUCCAAAUUUGGGAGCAGGAGAAUGUAUAAACAGAAGAAUAAAAUGAGAGUAGCUUGGUGUGGAUAUGAGUUUCAAUGUUCUGGAGUGAGAAGAAGUACGAGGGUCCCACCGUGGUUACCACUGCCAAGGGAGCAGCCUGGAAAAAAGAGGCUGUCGGGUCAGCAGGAUCAUGACUUCACUGUUGCACACAAGGAGGAUGUAUCCUCACAUCUGCUGGCUGGUGGUGAGUGCUUCUAGCUUGCCUGUCAAAAAUUUAAAGCUGCUCUGACUUGAGCUGGUUUCUAUCUGUGCCAAGAACUGGAACCAGGACCCUAAAAGCACAUUUGCUUGUUCUUCCCUUCCUUCAUUCCCGGGGUGGUAGCUUAGUCAAAGCAGCCCAGCAGGUUUGCCAGGCAAAGGCUUCUGGGUGGAGACACCUGGAAGCUUUGGGACAUUGACAUAGCAAGUCUCCCAGCCUUAGCCCGAGGGCAAGGGGAGUGGAUUUAGCAGCCAUUUGGGUCUUUAGCUUCUCCCAGAUGGUUCUAGCUCACACACAGUUAAUGAUUAAUGAGGCCAAUGUGGUGUGGCAGUAUCCAGCUGCCACUUCCUGCCUAUCUGCUGAGUAAACAGGGGCCCUACCUUUGCAGGGCUUGUAACCUGUUCCCUAGGGAAGGACACUGCGUCCCUG